AUGCCUGAACUCGCCAGUGAUUUAAUCCGUUCCGAAGCUGAGGCCGAAGUCAAGUACAGACAUAUACACAAAGAGACAGCUAGAGAAGGCCCUCCAACAUCACAUCAGCAGACGCAGAUCACACAAGCAGACGAGAAAGCAAAAGAAUUAACACUUUCUCUCAUAUACCACAGGCGCGCGUUCCAGGUGGUGCGGCCCGUGUCGGCGCUCAUCGUGGUCGACGUCCAGAACGACUUCAUCUCCGGCUCGCUCGCCCUCAUCAACUGCCCCGCCGGCCACCAUGGCGAGGAGGUCAUCCCUCCCAUCAACCGCCUCCUGAGUGAAGUGAAGUUCGACAUGGUGGUUUACUCCCUGGAUUGGCACCCUGAGGACCACGUGUCUUUUAUUGAUAACGUGAAGGAUAGACCGAUUCACCACACUAGUGAGAUAUCGAGCGAAGAGGCGCAGAUGAAUGACACUGUAAUCUUCGACGUGAACAACGACGGGGUCCCGAUGGCGCAGAGGCUGUGGCCGAGACACUGCGUCCAGAAGUCGUGGGGCGCUCAGCUGCACGACGAACUCAAGAUCGUCGAGGACUCCGUGCUCGUGUACAAGGGUACGGAUCCCGAUACGGACUCCUACAGCGUCUUCUGGGACAACAACAAGAAGAGCCAAACUUCCCUCAACGAAGAACUGCAGAAGAGGAACAUUACUGAUGUUUACAUUUGCGGCAUCGCCUAUGACGUCUGCGUUGCCGCCACGACCGCGCACGCCAUAGAGGAGGGUUACCGCGCCCUGCUCAUCGACGACGGCUGCCGCGGGGUUUGCGACGCUGACAUCCAGGCCACGAAAGACAGAACCACGGCCAGCAACGGCAUCGUCAUACAUUCGUCGCAGGUCAAAAGUUUGGUGAGUGGGAGAGACAGGCCUCCCGUGCUGGCUUACAAACUUGCUCUCGAAAUCGCCAAGAAAAUGAAGAAGAAAUAAUAGAACAAGAUCCUGGAGAACAGCAAGAAAAUCGGGGAAAUUAAUAAUUGAAUUGCAUGAAAAAUAUCAAUAAAGGGAUGAAAUAUGCUUUAUAUGUGACAAGACAACGAGAUACAGAGUUUAUUUAAUGUAUGCCAUUCGUAAUUGUAAUGCAAAUAUUGAAUUCGCUCUAUCCAUCAUUUUUCUUCCUUUCUGUUUCUUUUUAAUGUCUUUUAUAUUUGCAUUUACGUUUUGUGGGGUAAACUAUUUUCAACCAAAGAAUUCAUCGAUUAUUUGUCUUCCUAUCUCCGAGUUUAUCUAAUUAUCUGCCUGUUUCUCUGUCUUACGGAAAAAAAUAACUUUAGAUUAAUAUCAAAAUGUAAUUGAUUCUGCACUCUCGGUCUUUCAGUAAAAGUAUGUUCAUUUAUUUAAUUUGUAAAAUGCAUUAUUGUAUAAGAGCUACGUGACUAUUAACAUUUCGGUAGACCAUCCUUAUGAUCUCUCUCCAGCUACUGAAAAUAAUGUUCUAAUAAGGAUGGUAAGUAUAAAGCAAAAACUAAAUUUGUAAGGAAAUAUAGACGAAAUAUGAA